AUGUCAAGUGGCGACCAUGUCGCGUUGGGAUUGUUGGCAAUGGGGGAAUGCCUACGCACGCAGCAACCGCCGAAAUUCAAAAUGGCCAUCAAAUGUGUGCUGAGCUGCUUCAAACAGCAAAUGUCCACGCAAUUGCUUGCCCAUUGUCAUUUGGUCUACGGGAAAAUGCUCUAUUUUCACACGGAUCAAAUCGACGAGGCAAAGGAGAAUCUAUUGAAAAGUUACAAAAUGAUGACCACACUAGGCGAUGUGUUCAAAGAGGCACGCCUACAAGCUUUCUGUAUCAUCUGCGAAAUCUACAUUAUCAAUGGUGCCGGACCACAAAUUGCCUCACAAUUGAAAAAUGAAAUGGCGGCCGCCAAAAGUAUUCCAUCAAUUUACAACAAGCUCAUCUUUUAUUUAGCGGAAAUCUUCACGCUAGAAGGAAACGCGGAGGAUGCGCUUAAAAUUUUAGAAGUCGGCAUUCAGAAUAAUCCCAGCGAGACACUGAUCAUCUAUUACAAGUUGACGAAGAACCUUGUAAAUAUGAGGAUAAAGGGGCUUAUUUGUGACCCUGAAGAGAUGGCCGUCGUCUCGCAAACGAUUCAGGCUCUUCCCCAGCACCUGCCGCACGCUCUCAAUCUUCGCCUCUUUGCGAUGGGAUCCCAGCUUGCCUUUUGGCUUUCCAGAGGCCAAGCAAAGACUGCACGUCAGUUCUUGAAAAUAAUGCAAAUGGAUUGCCAAACAAACGCCAACGCGCCGAUGCCUGAAGAUUUUCUCUGGGGUGAAAUGGAUGCACUCACCAUUUUGACCUGUGUCUUCACUGUGGUGCAUUGUGCGGAGACAUGUUUACUGGAGAAAGCAAUCAAGUAUUAUGGGGUGGCCACAAAUCACAUCAAGGGUCUGGCUCUGAAAUAUUCCACGAAACCCUAUGAGGCCGGUGUCAUACGGUGUCUUGAUCGAAUGCGACUUGUGUUGGAAGAAGUCCUUGCCCAAAUGCACAUCAUCUCCUGCCAACCAAAAGCCGCUAUCACGAAUAUGCGCUCAAUGUUGGACAUUUCUUCUAGACAUCUCCAACUCGCUGAAGAAUAUUAUCCGAUGGUGCACUUGCUUAUGGCCAACUACUGUGUAUACUUUGAGGAGAAUGCCGACUACGCUGACAAGCAUUUUGCCAUUGCACUAAAAAAGAUCAAAGACCGAUCGCUGAACACGAUGGCUCACUUGCAAGCGGCUCUCUUUUAUUUGAGUCAUUGCAAGCAAGCCGACUACUAUUCGAUCGCUGACAGAGUCGCCCAACGUUCAUGGGAGAACAUGGCGCCGUCGGUGGUGGCAAUGGGUCAUAUCUUGCACAUUUAUCACACCUAUCUCUUCAAAAAGCACAACGAAUUCCGCUCACACGUGGUCGCUUGUUUGGAAGUUUCGAAAAGAGAAGAUCUUUUCCGGAGUCAUUCGAUCGUUUUCCAGAUGUUCUCGACAUGUUUUCAUGGAAAUCCGCAGAAUGUUCUAUCGGGAAUCGGCACCUUGCAAUGGACGAAAAAACUCUUCGAUCAUUCACUUCUUCUAUGGACUUACAUGCACAUUGCAGAAAUCAUGAAAAAAGGCACAGCACCAACCAAUGUCUCCGAAGAAGAAACUUUAAAGAAUAUUAGAAUCUCUGCCUCAGCACUUCGAGAUUCGAAAGUCGAGGCUGCCAACGAUCCGGCUCAUAAAGCUUUGAUAAAUUGGCUCGACGAUGAUCCAUCCUGUUUCCUACAAAAAGAAUCC